AUGUCGUUUGAAUAUUUUUCCGUCUAUGGAAUACGUUCAAUUCGACUUCACUGGCUCAUAGGUGGAUUGCAGCUUGUACAAGAUUCAAGAAUUUCAAGAAUUUUGAAUGGUUUCUCGCCUGUGUCCCAUGGCCUACCUGAAGACUUUAUUCUAACUAAUCUCACACGUUUGAAGGGAUGUGGAUGUAAAGUACCGAGAGCACUGUUGAAGUAUUUCGGCAACUUACAUGACGUGGAUGACAAAGGAUUCGGUAUCGGUUUCGAUAGUUGCGUGAUUCCUCUGCGUCAUAAAGGGCUAAAUCUUGUUCAAACAACAGAUUUCUUCUAUCCCCUAGUUGAUGAUCCGUACCUAAUGGGUAGAAUUACCUGUGCCAAUGUUCUGAGUGAUUUAUAUGCGAUGGGAGUUUAUAAUUGCGACAACAUGCUCAUGUUACUUGGUGUCUCAACGGACUUAUCGGAGGAGCAUCGUGAUAUUGUGGUCUCACAAUUCAUUCAAGGAUUCAAGGAUAAUGCAGAACUAGCUGAGACCAAAGUUCGUGGUGGGCAAACUGUCAGAUGCCCAUGGCUUUUGCUUGGUGGGGUUGCCAGCAGUGUAUCUACGGAUUCUGAGAUAAUUCAAGUUGACCAGGCUAAAGCAGGAGAUGUUUUAGUUUUGACUAAGCCUUUGGGAGGACAGGUCGCAGUGAACUCAUAUGAAUGGCUGAGGAAAAAAAACGGACGUGUUGAAGAGUUUUCUUUGAACGAAGAAAAAAUUGUGCGAGCGUUCCAACAGGCUGUUGAGCAGAUGAGUCGAUUGAACAGGAAUGCUUGUAAAUUGCUUCAUAAAUACAAAGCCCAUGCAUCUACUGAUGUUACCGGAUUCGGCAUUUUGGGUCAUGCCGACAAUUUGGCUAAAUCUCAGAAAGCUUCCGUUAAAUUUGUGAUUGAAUAUUUACCGAUCAUCGAAUAUAUGGAUGAGAUUGCUCUGAAGAUGAAAGACGGGAAUGGUUUCAAUUUGUUCACAGGUUUGUCAGCGGAAACAAGUGGAGGUCUUUUAGUGGCCAUGACAUUGGAGGACGCCAAGCUCUACCAACAAGAAAUUGAGAAGAUGGACGGCUUUCCUGCCUGGAUAAUCGGCAAAGUCGUAGAGGCACCACAUCAUGGAAACAUGGCUGAAAUAAAUAAUCCAACUAUUAUUACCGUACAAAGCCCUAUUCACUAA